AUGCCGGAGUCGGAGGAGAACGGGAGGGCGGUCAUCCCCCCCGACAGCCCGGGGUGGGCGGCGGAGGCCGGAGGGCCGGGGGCCGAGGCUGGCAGCCCCCCGCCCACCCCCCGCCGGCGCUUGCCCUCCGCCAAGCACAAGGCUCAGGGCAGCCCCACGGUGCCGCGCUCCCCCCGGGCCCUCUUCUGCCUCCGGCUGAGCCACCCCCUGCGCCGGGCCGCCAUCAGCAUCGUGGAGUGGAAGCCCUUCGACAUCCUCAUCCUCAUGACCAUUUUCGCCAACUGCGUGGCCCUGGGGGUCUAUAUCCCCUUCCCCGAGGACGACUCCAACACCGCCAACCACGACCUGGAGCAGGUGGAGUACAUCUUCCUCAUCAUCUUCACGGUGGAGACGUUCCUGAAGAUCAUCGCGUACGGGCUGGUCCUGCACCCCAACGCCUACAUCCGCAACGGCUGGAACCUGCUGGACUUCGUCAUCGUGGUGGUGGGGUUGUUCAGCGUGGUCCUGGAGCAGGCGUCCCACAAGCCCGGGGACGCCCACCACAUGAGCGGGAAGCCGGGCGGCUUCGACGUCAAAGCCCUGCGGGCCUUCCGCGUGCUGCGGCCCCUGCGCCUCGUCUCCGGUGUCCCCAGUCUGCACAUUGUGCUCAACUCCAUCAUGAAGGCCAUGGUGCCGCUGCUGCACAUCGCGCUCCUCGUCCUCUUUGUCAUCAUCAUCUACGCCAUCAUCGGCCUGGAGCUCUUCAUCGGCCGCAUGCACAAGACCUGCUUCAUCGUCGGCUCAGACCUGGAGGCCGAGGAGGACCCUUCGCCCUGCGCCUUCUCGGGGCAUGGCCGCGAGUGUCCCCUCAACAACACCGAGUGCCGGGGCCGCUGGGAGGGGCCCAACGGCGGGAUCACCAACUUCGACAACUUCUUCUUCGCCAUGCUCACCGUCUUCCAGUGCAUCACCAUGGAGGGCUGGACCGACGUGCUCUACUGGAUGCAGGACGCUAUGGGGCACGAGCUGCCCUGGGUUUACUUCGUCAGCCUGGUCAUCUUCGGCUCCUUCUUCGUGCUCAACCUGGUGCUGGGGGUGCUGAGCGGGGAGUUCUCCAAGGAGCGGGAGAAGGCCAAAGCCCGGGGCGACUUCCAGAAGCUGCGGGAGAAGCAGCAGAUGGAGGAAGAUCUCAGGGGCUACUUGGACUGGAUCACGCAGGCCGAGGACAUCGACCCCGACGACGAGGAGGGGGACCCCGAGGACAAGCACGCCCGGGUGACCGUGGAAGACCUGACGGAGAAGAAGAAAGGCCGACUCCGAUGGCUCCGUCACUCCAGCCAUUCCACCGACACCCACACCAGUCUCCCCGCAAGUGAAACGACUUCCGUCAACACCGAGAACGUGGGCGAAGAGGAACAUCACGCCACCUGCUGCGACGUGUACCUAGGCAAAAUCUGGAAGACGAAAUUCUGCCGCCGGUGCCGGCGCACGAACCGGCGGCUGCGGAAGCGGUGCCGCCUGGCCGUGAAAUCCGUCUCCUUCUACUGGGUGGUCCUGAUCCUCGUCUUCCUCAACACGCUGACCAUCGCCUCCGAGCACUACAGCCAGCCCGGCUGGCUGACCCAGAUCCAGGCCUACGCCAACAAGGUGCUGCUCUCGCUCUUCACGCUGGAGAUGCUGCUGAAACUGUACAGCCUGGGCCUGCAGGCCUAUUUCGUCAGCUUCUUCAACCGCUUCGACUGCUUCGUGGUGUGCGGGGGCAUCCUGGAGACGGGCCUGGUGGAGCUGCAGGUCAUGGAGCCGCUCGGCAUCUCCGUGCUCCGCUGCGUCCGCUUGCUGCGCAUCUUCAAAGUCACCAGGCACUGGGCGUCGCUGAGUAACCUGGUGGCCUCGCUGCUCAACUCCAUGAAAUCCAUCGCCUCCCUGCUGCUCCUGCUCUUCCUCUUCAUCAUCAUCUUCUCCCUGCUGGGGAUGCAGCUGUUCGGGGGCAAGUUCAACUUCGACGAGACCCAGACCAAACGCAGCACCUUCGACACCUUCCCGCAGGCCCUGCUCACCGUCUUCCAGAUCCUGACGGGCGAGGACUGGAACGCGGUGAUGUACGACGGCAUCAUGGCCUACGGGGGGCCCUACUUCCCCGGCAUGCUGGUCUGCGUUUACUUCAUCAUCCUCUUCAUCUGCGGCAACUAUAUCCUGCUGAACGUCUUCCUGGCCAUUGCUGUGGACAAUCUGGCCGAUGGGGACAACAUCAACUCGUCCAAGGAGGAGGAGAGCAAAAAGAGGAGGACGAAGAAGGGAGCGAAGAAGGAGGUAGGAAGGGCGGGGGAGGAGACCGAGGGGGGCGACCAGGAGAGCCUGGCCGAGUCCCACCUGGACAAGCUGGAGGAGGCGCCGACAGAGAAAGUCCUGCCCAUCCCGGCCGGCAGCUCCUUCUUCAUCCUGAGCAGCACCAACCCGCUCCGGGUGGGGUGUCAUGCCCUGAUCCAUCACCACAUCUUCACCAACCUCAUCCUCGUCUUCAUCAUCCUCAGCAGCAUCUCGCUGGCCGCCGAGGACCCCAUUCGGGCCCACUCCUUCCGCAACAUCAUUCUGGGGUACUUCGACUAUGCCUUCACCUCCAUCUUCACCGUGGAGAUCCUGCUCAAGAUGACAGCCUACGGCGCCUUCCUCCACAAAGGGUCCUUCUGCAGGAACUGGUUCAACCUGCUGGAUCUGCUGGUCGUGAGCGUCUCCCUCAUCUCCUUUGGGAUCCACUCCAGCGCCAUCUCUGUGGUGAAGAUUUUGCGGGUGCUGCGCGUGCUGCGGCCUCUCCGAGCCAUCAACCGGGCCAAGGGGCUGAAGCACGUGGUCCAGUGCGUCUUCGUGGCCAUUCGCACCAUCGGCAACAUCAUGAUCGUCACCACCCUGCUGCAGUUCAUGUUCGCCUGCAUCGGGGUGCAGCUGUUCAAGGGCAAGUUCUACAGCUGCACGGACGAGGCCAAGCACACGCCGGAGGAAUGCAAGGGCACGUUCAUCGUGUACAAGGACGGGGACGUGGGGCACCCCAUGGUGCGUGAGCGGGUCUGGCACAACAGUGACUUCAACUUCGACAACGUCCUGUCCGGCAUGAUGGCUCUGUUCACCGUCUCCACCUUCGAGGGCUGGCCCAGCCUGCUGUACAAGGCAAUCGACGCCAACGGGGAGAACCUCGGCCCCAUCUACAACUACCGGGUGGAGAUCUCCGUCUUCUUCAUCGUCUACAUCAUCAUCAUCGCCUUCUUCAUGAUGAACAUCUUCGUGGGCUUCGUCAUCAUCACCUUCCGCGCCCAGGGCGAGCAGGAGUACCGCAACUGUGAGCUGGACAAGAACCAGCGGCAGUGUGUGGAGUACGCGCUGAAGGCCCAGCCGCUGCGGCGCUACAUCCCCAAGAACCGGCACCAGCACCGGGUGUGGGCGGCCGUGAACUGCUCCGCCUUCGAGUACGGCAUGUUCCUGCUCAUCCUGCUCAACACCAUCGCCCUGGCCGUGCAGCACUACGAGCAGUCGCAGCCCUUCAACUACGUCAUGGACCUGCUCAACAUGGUCUUCACCGGCCUCUUCACUGUGGAGAUGGUGCUGAAAAUCAUCGCCUUCAAACCCCGGCACUAUUUCUGCGACGCCUGGAACACCUUCGACGCGCUGAUCGUGGUGGGCAGCGUGGUGGACAUCGCCGUCACUGAGGUCAAUAAUGGCGGCCAUGUCGGAGAGAGCUCGGAGGACAGCUCCCGCAUCUCCAUCACCUUCUUCCGCCUCUUCCGCGUCAUGCGCCUGGUGAAGUUGCUCAGCAAAGGCGAAGGGAUCCGCACCCUGCUCUGGACCUUCAUCAAGUCCUUCCAGGCCCUGCCCUAUGUUGCCCUGCUGAUCGCCAUGAUCUUCUUCAUCUAUGCCGUCAUCGGCAUGCAGACCUUCGGCAAAGUGGCGCUGCAGGACGGGACGCAGAUCAACCGCAACAACAACUUCCAGACGUUCCCCCAGGCCGUGCUGCUGCUCUUCAGGUGCGCCACGGGGGAGGCCUGGCAGGAGAUCAUGCUGGCCAGCUUGCCCGGGAAACGCUGCGACCCCGAGUCGGACGUGGGGCCCGGCGAGGAAUUCACCUGCGGGAGCCACUUCGCCAUCGUCUAUUUCAUCAGUUUCUUCAUGCUCUGUGCCUUCCUGAUCAUUAACCUCUUUGUGGCCGUGAUCAUGGACAAUUUCGACUACCUGACCCGGGACUGGUCCAUCCUGGGCCCCCACCACCUGGACGAGUUCAAACGCAUCUGGUCUGAGUACGACCCCACCGCCAA